GACCAGUGCAAGAGAGACGAAAAACAGGAGGCGAUGGUCAAGGUGCAUGGAUGAUUGCUGUGUACUCGGGGGCUGUUAUUUUUACGGUAGAGGGGGAUUAUCACUGUUCAAGUCAUGUAAAAAAAGAGGGGAGCCUCCCUGAUAUAAAUACUAGCGGGUGCUAACUUCUCAACACAUUACAAACCACCCAUCUGUUUAUCAACUUAACAACAACCAAAACCAACCAAGCAACAUGUACAAGCUUCUGAUCGUCGCUGUCGCCCUCGCCGCCGCCGAGGCUGGCUACGUUGCCGCCCCCGCCUACGCCCCAGCGUACGCCGCGCCCGCAGCCGUCACCUCCCAGUCGGCCAACAUCCUGAGGAGCUACGGCAACCUGGGACAGGUGUCCACCUACACCAAGACCAUCGACACUCCCUACUCCAGCGUCAGCAAGUCUGAUGUCCGCGUCAGCAACCCCGGAUACGCCACCUACGCCGCCCCCGCCUACCACGCACCUGCUGCCUACGCCGCCCCCGCAUACGCUGCCCCCGUCGCCUACAAGGCCCCAGUUGCCGCUUACGCCGCCCCCGCAUACGCCGCCCCCGCCUACCACGCACCCGCUGCUUACGCCGCCCCCGUCGCCAAGGUUGCCGCCUCUCCCCUCCUCGGAGUGGCCUACUCUGCCGCCCCCGCUGUCGCUCACAUCUCCUUCGAUGGAUUCGGCGCUCACUACGUCUACUAAUUACCUCAACUCCAAUUUCGAAGCUUUAUCAACCUUACAGCUACUUUAAAUCUUAUUUAAACCUGAUGAUUCUUCCGGUAUUCUAUUUUUUCAACAAGUAUUCACCAAUUCUAAAAGUGUUUGUUCCUAUUUAUUCCGGAAUUAUUUAUUGUUGUAAAUAAAUUAUUACUGAAUAAAUUAUUCUAUUUCGUGUUAUA